AAAGGCACCCAGAAACAUCUUCUGAUUGAGCUCGAAGGCAACACUAAUAGCACUGGCAAACCAAAGACAAACAGCUCAUUUGAGAGCCCAAAGGUGGAAUUCUCCUAUCUGGCUAUAGCGUUGGGCACAGUCAUCACCCUUUCACUCUUCAUCGUGUUGGUUGUUAAGUUUCGCGUUUUACAUCGCUUUCUGGCCAGCUACAGACACUCCCUGCUCCAGGAGUCGGAUGGGGCGAGCCAGUACGGUCAAGAGGACAUGUCUUUCCCUAACAAUGUGUCCGGUAGGAUGGGAGUAGUCAGAGGGACUCAGCCCGGGUUGGAUGAUGACGACGAUGGCUUCAUUGAGGACAACUACAUCCAGCCCGGUGAGAAGCACAUGCCAGAGGGACAAAGGGAGGAUGACGAGGUAGAGGGGACAGAUGACAGUGACGACGAUCUUCAGUUCACUAUAGGGUGAUUAAAUACAUUUUUCCAAAGUGACCGGUUUACAACAAAAAUAAUGAGACUCCAAAAGUUGAUUCUGUUCAUCAGGACGCAGCGUUUCCAUAAUUAAAGUUUAAAACUUUUGUGCCUCAUGAGCCCUUAAAGAAGACAGGAUUAUAAACUUGACAAGAAAUAGUAAAUCAGAAUUUCUUUCUUUUUUGGCCUGCUCAUAUUGCUCAUUUUGAAACCCUUAAAUUUAUUAUAUGACCCCCAACAUGGGCCCCAACCUACUUACUGAACAGUAAAGUUUUUUUGACUGCAGAAACUUCUGAGCCACGCAAAUGUUUUGACCAAAUUAUCCGUUAUUAUUAGAUAACUGACCUUAAGAGGGGCCAAAAUUAAUAUAAAACACAUUUAAAGUGCUGCAUUGACCUCUGUAAUGUUGACUCGUUGUGCAAUCAGAAUACCUUUGAUUUUUUUCUUUUAUGCUGUGUAGAAAUUGUUCUUAAAGCUCAAAUGUACUAUAUAUCGAUAUGGAUUCACAUAUUACAUAUGCUGUGUAUGUAACUCUACAUGGAAAAUAUUUAAAAUUACAACAUUCAGUUUAUUUGCUAAUAAUGAUGUUAAUGUUUAUAUCCUGCUAAAUGCUAUUUGUUUUCACACAUGCCAUUCAAUUAUUCACCUUUAAGUUACCUUUAAGUUUUUUGUUUUUUUAUUACAUUUCUGCUGACAGUGAACAUCAAAGAGUUAAACAACUUCACACUCACACAUCUUUGUUGUAGUCUGAAUGUUUGUUUGUAUGAAAUUACUUUUUUGAACAUUCACGUCUUUAAUAAAGUCGUUCUUAUUGAAAUUA